AGCUCUGAUCACAGUCGCCGCCUGCUUAUUCGGCUCGCCAAACUUCGAGAAUCUCAACUAUGUGAUGUGGUUCUGGUAGCCAAGGGAACUCGAAUCAAUGCUCACAAAGUCGCACUCGCUGCAUGUUCAAACUAUUUUGAGGCCAUGUUCACAAGCGACAUGGCUGAAAGUCGCAUGGAAGAAAUAGAGAUUGUGGACAUGGAAGCUUCAACGUUGGAAACUCUCAUUGAUUACUGCUAUUCUGGUAAGAUAGUGAUCAGUGACGUCAACGUCUCUAGUAUUCUGCCCGCUGCAUGCCUACUUCAGCUGGACGAAAAACAGUGCUGUGAGUUCCUGAAGAACGAAUUGAAUCUCUCAAACUGCUUGGCAAUCCGAGUGCUUGCUUACACGUACUCUUGUCAAGAGCUUCUUUAUAACGCUGACAAGUACAUCUUGCAUAAUUUUCAGGACAUUCUUGGCACUGAAGAGUUUCACCAACUCCCAGCUAACCAAGUAAUUGAACUAAUUUCAAGCGACGAGCUACGUGUAUUUACAGCAGUGCUGCAAUGGGUUAGAUUCGACUUGCGAGAUCGAAAGCAAUUUCUUUUCAACCUGCUGGAGCAUGUACGACUUCCAUUCUGUAGCCCAAAAUUUCUUGUCAGCACUGUCAGUGAUAACGCGCUAGUGAUGGAGAAUCUCGAUUGCCGUGACCUCGUCGACGAAGCAAAGCUGCUGGAGCAUGUACGACUUCCAUUCUGUAGCCCAAAAUUUCUUGUCAGCACUGUCAGUGAUAACGCGCUAGUGAUGGAGAAUCUCGAUUGCCGUGACCUCGUCGACGAAGCAAAGGUUUACGGACCACGUACUCGCCCGCGAAAAGUGAAGAUUCACGAAGUCAUAUACGCAGUGGGAGGUAGAAGCAGUGAGGGGAGGCUGUCCUCGGUGGAACGCCUUGACACUGGAAAAGAGGAUCUUAUGUGGGAGAGCAUUGCUCCAAUGAAUACGUCAAGGACUGGGCCUGGUGUUGCAGUUCUCGGCAGCUUCCUCUACGUUGUAGGCGGUUAUGAUGGGCAAAACGACUUGGGUAGCUGUGAG